ACAAUGCAAAUUCAGUUAUUCCUGUUCUGUUCAAGGCAAAUUGCCACCGCAAUGAGUGUUUAGUCAUUGGUGAUUAGUCCUUUGCCGAUCGAACAUUUAAGUCAAAUGCCAAAGAUUACUACUUCAAGACCAAAAUUGUUUCCCUAAUAAAUAUAAUCGACUUAGCUAAUUAUUCACGUUUUGUCUCGCGCUUGGAGCAGCACUUGUUCAUUCAAAAGUUCGACCCUCAGUGUUUUCAAGUUUUCUUAAAGUAAGUUUGUUAUUUUUGUUCAAAUCACAAAAGUCAUACAAAUAUUCAGAGGGCAUUAUUUUUGCAUGGGGCACUUUCUGAGAGACGUCGUCACGUUGUUUACGCUGACGUCGCGGUUACCCAGGCGACAGAAGUUGGCGUGUGUUUUACCGAUCAGCGGGGUUUGAAAGAUGUUAACGUUAAUCCACUUCGCCCCAGCGAUCCACAAUAGCCCCGACACCUGAAGAAAAGAUGGGCCUGCUGUCCAUACUUCGCAGGCUGAAGCAGUCUCCGGAGCGGGAGGUGCGCUUACUGUUGCUUGGCUUGGACAACUCCGGCAAGACCACUCUGCUGAAACAGCUGGCAGCAGAAGAUAUCAGCCACAUCACCCCCACACAAGGCUUUAAUAUUAAGAGUGUUCAAUCAUCGGGCUUCAAGUUGAAUGUUUGGGACAUUGGAGGUCAGCGCAAGAUCCGCCCCUACUGGAAGAAUUAUUUUGAGAACACAGAUGUACUGAUCUAUGUGAUUGACAGCUCAGACAGGAGACGGUUGGAAGAGACGAGCCUGGAGCUGUUUGAGUUGCUGGAGGAGGAAAAGCUCGCUGCUGUGCCACUGCUAAUCUUCGCCAACAAGCAGGACCUGACGACAGCCACCCCAGCGUCUGAGCUGGCAGAGUGUCUCCAUCUGCACACCAUCCGGGAUCGAAUGUGGCAAGUCCAGGCCUGCUCCGCAGCCACUGCUGAGGGAUUACAGGACGGCAUGACCUGGGUCUGCAGAAAUAUAACGUCUCGAAAGAAAUAACCCAGGAAGCAAAAGAUCCUUGAACCACUGAAGAUGCACUUUGAAUUUUACGCUGUCAUUUUAUGUCCAUACAAAAUCAUUUUUUGUACGAACCACUUUUGUCAGUCCGUCUUAGCAGUAUAAAGAGACUAUGUAGCAGUUUGGAAGACAGUAAUGUUAACCUCUUAACUCUGUUGAUGCAUAAUUUAUUAUGUAUAUACUGUGAAUAUGUAUAGUAAUCAAACUGCUUGUCCUUUUUGUAAUGUGGUACUUGGGAUGUGAUCAUUAAUACAUUUCUGUGUUCUGCGUGCCGGUGUGGUAGAUCUGUGAGUCUCUGUACUUAAAGCUAGAGGGCGGCCUUGCGCCUGUGUUGUCUGUCAAACCAAACGCCUCAUUAUUUAAUCUACUACUUGCCUUGAAAGGUGCAGCUUCCGGCGUCAUAUUUGAUUUGUUCAUUUUUUAAUUCCCCCAUCAGCGUCUCCAGUCAACACACGAUG